GAGCUAAAGUCAGCAAGCUAGGUUAACUCAGCUGUUAUGGUUGAUGAUUGGCGCUCGACUUAUGAGGAGACCCUCCUCGUGCUAAAAGGAGACAGAGGCAGAAAGUGAAUGAUAAAACCAUUUUUAUUUUAUUGACAUGUUUGACAUCUUCAUUUGAAAAGAUGGCGGCCGAUAAGAAAACAGAUUUGGACUGUUUGGCUAACUGUAGACGUCACCCUGGGAACUUUUGAUGUGCAUACUUUGCUUUUUGCUGAUAUUUUAUAGACCUAACUAAUUAAUCAAGAAAAUAAUCAGCAGAUUAAUCAAUAAUGAUGAUAAUCAUUAUUUGCAGCCCUAAUGAAUACACGGUUUCUAAAUGACCUCAGAUAUAUUUUUAGCAUUUCUGUGCUGCAGUUUCUUGUUAGUAUCAGCUACAUUCGCUGAUACUGAUAUUCAGCCUAUAUAUCGGCCUGGCCCAUUUAUCGGCCUAUAUUACGGCAGCUUGAGAUUUCAUAUCUGGAUAACAUUACACAUCUUUGUUUACUUGGUCAAGGACAAAGCUCAUGUUUUCAAAUUUGCUAGAUUUCUAUGUCAUAUUGAAUUAAAAUGGUACUGCCCUUCAUUUAUGCUUUUUGUAAUGACUCGGUAAAACCAAGUUUGGACCCAAAAGCACAACUCGGAGACCAAGCAGUUAUUUUCCUCAGGUAUUUAUUGCCGGAAUUCUCCAGAGUUUGACGAUCUGUUUGGUUUCUCUGUGGAGGAUGUGAUGACUGAGGUGAAACGAGGAAGCAAACUGAUAUGUAAAAAAUGUCAGAAAAAGGGUGCCACUGCUGGGUGUGAAGUCAAACGCUGCCAGAAGUCCUACCACUACCCCUGUGCUGUUCAAGAUGGAGCUGAGAUCGUUGAGGAUGAAGACAAGGGGAAUUAUGGGCUGUACUGCUUCAAACACCAUCAACAAUUACAAAAUAACGGUUCUGUAAAUGGACGUGUCUCUUCCUUCACGAAGCCCGGAACUUCUGGAAUUCCCAAUGAAGCUGGAUCAUCUGAGGUAUAUUGCCUUGCCUGUGAGAAGACAAUCAGCUUGAAAAGUUUGACUAAUAGCAUUAUUAUGCUAUAUUGUGACAAACAUGCUCUUCCAUCACAUAAGAGGAACACCACUGGUGAUUCUACAGCUGGAGGACCGCCUGUGUACAGCAGUGACUCAAACUCAUCCAGCAGUGCGACACGUUUAUCCAAGAGACCGUUGAGUUUCAACGACAAACAGGAAGAGACCCCCUCUAAACGUAAAUCUGAAAGCUGGAAAAAGAAAAUAUCAGAUAAUUCUUCAAAUUCAGAUGAGAAUGAACCUAUUGAUGAAAUGGCAGUAUUCGCCCCUUUAGAGAUGGAUUUAGAUGACAGUGCAAACUCUGAUCCAGAGUCUCAAGUAAGUCUAAUCUUUCAUUAUUCCUCAGUAACAUCAUCAGUGAUGUUCAAUAAUCUUAAUUUUUCUUCUCUUUCGUUGUUUCCUCUCCCGCCUCCCUCGACUGUGCGUCAGUUGAUCAGAAAAGACACUGAUAGUCCCACUGCGUCCACCUCAGGAAAUCAACUGGAGGAUGAGAGCAGAGAUGGAAAUAAAGAUAAUGAUGAAACAAUCAUAGAUUCAGAUGCUGAAUCAGAGAGUCUGCUGCUUCCUGUGGAGAUCUGCUUGUCUCAGUCACUUUCAGCGACAAGUGCUACAGACUCAACUCUGACUGUAUCAACUGCAGAUCCCAGAGUGGAGUCAGUAGAGGUGGUACAGAGAAAAGACCCAGAGCCCAGCAUCGACUCCACCAGCUUCUGGAAAAGCUGCAAUGCGGCAAGAUGCACACAGGCCAUCUUCACUGAUUUCAUUACUGAGAUGAACGGUAUCUCCAGCAGAAUUCAGUCAGACCAGGCCAGCCAGGAGGAUUAUGAUUGUGCACUAACAGUGAUGUUGGCUUCUGGGAAACUGGCAGAGCUUGUGACCAAACAGCAAAAAGAGUUACAAAGGAAACAAACGGAGCUGCGAAAGGCAGCAGCAGCUAUGAAGGACGUCGUCUCAGCACUGAGAUGAGUCCAUCAGCAGCUACUGUAAGAACAUGGAUAUCUGUUAACUGUUUCUUCUUUUUUUUGUCAAAUUGCUUACACUGACAUUUUUAACAUUUCAUACAAACAGUAUAUUUCAUUUUUUAUUUUUAAAUUGAUUAUGCCUUAAUAUUUAAGACAGUGGAAAGGGCUGGAUGUGGAAAUACAACACUGUACCAAUAUUUGGCAUUGAUAAUUCCAAAAUACUUUAAAAUGUCAAAUUAUUACAACAUCGUCUCAAAUUUCAGCCUCUGAUCGUGAUGCUUUUAGAGAUUAGUUGUAAAUGGUGCCGUUCCAUUUAGAAAAAAUGCCACAUAGGAAUGUCAUAUUAUGAAAUACAUUUUCAUUGAAUGAAAAAAGGGGUUUCAUUUCAAAACCUGUACUGAACAUGAAGAAUUAGAAAGAAUAUGUAUUUGUUUUGAAAAUGUUCCAUAUCCAACCCUACGAACUGAACCAAGUUUGCCAAUUUUUUUAUUUUAUUUUUUUUUUAGAUGUUGAAAUUGUUAAUUUAUUUUUGUACUGAAAAGUAUUGUAAUCAUGCUGAGCUGUUGUACACCAUUAGGACUUUCUUCAGUUACUUUAAAAUAGAAGAUAUUUUAUUGUAGACCUACAGUAGAAAACACUUUGCUACUAUGUUUUAAAAUGUGUAUUCAUGAAUGUCUUGCAAGAUCCUUCUUCAAACUGAGUAUUUACAUACCUCCAGCCUUUUGUCAGAAAUACAUUUUUAUACCUGUUACAGAGUACGACUGAUAAAUAAUCAUAUGAAGCUUAAAUAUGUUGGUGAAUGUUUCUUGUUGUUGAACCUUUUUUUUUUUUUUUUUAAAUAUAUAAAGGUUUGCUCAAGUUGU